UGUGGGACCCCUGAUGUACAGGAAGACAGGACUUCAGUGAGGAACAUUUCCCUCACUCAGGACAGGAAAGUGGCUUCUCCCUGUGUGUGAUCGCUGAUGUCUGGAAAGAUGUGAAUUCCGUGAAAAACAUUUCCCACACUCAGGACAAGAAUACGGCUUCUCCCCCGUAACAGGUAUAUGGCUUCUCUCCUUUGUGAGAUCUCUGAUGUGUGUAAAGAUUGGACUUCCGUGAAAAACAUUUCCCACACUCAGGACAGGAAUAUGGCUUCUCUCCUGUGUGACAUCUCUGAUGUCUGUAAAGAUCGGACUUCUGUGAAAAACAUUUCCCACACACAGGACAGGAAAAUGGCUUAUCCCCCUUGUGAGAUCGCUGAUGUGUGUAAAGAUUGGACUUAUCAGAAAAAGAUUUCCCGCACUCAAGACAGGAAUACGGCUUCUCCCCCGUGUUGAGAUCUCUGAUGUAUGGAAAGAUGAGACUUGCAUGAAAAACAUUUCUCGCACGCAGGACAGGAAAACAGCUUCUUCCCUGUGUGAGAUAUUUUAUGUACAUUAAGAUGGGAUUUAUAACAGGAACAUUUCCCGCACUCAGUACAGGAGAAGCUCUUCCCUAUUGGA